AUGGCUACCGAUUCGCCAGUGGUUUUGUCGCAAUAUGAUCCAAGCGGUCAAUAUCUAGCAUAUGUUUCAACAGCAUUGGAUAAGCAACGUGUUUCUGUGGAACCAACAAGUAUUUCCAAGUCCAGCCUUGUCAAUGAAAACUUCUUGUACCUUGAAGGCCAAGGUGUGUACUGUACGAGCAUUCAGUGGAUUACGUUCAACGAAACGCUUUUGGUUGUGCUUGGGUUGAGCCAAGGUGAAAUAUGGUUGUACUCGCCACUUACCAAUGAGGUUGUGACCAAGCUAAGUACGGGAUCUACAUUCCCUGUGCUUGACUUCCAACAUUCCGAAAACAGCAAUACCAAGGCAUGGUGUGUGACUGGGGACGAUACUAUUAUUCAGUUCGAUAUGGUUUCUCAAAGCGUCUCUUCGAAGUUUAAGCUAGAUGAGUGCAAAGACCUAAAGAAAGUUUGCGUUGUGAGCGAUGAGCGCAUUCUUGUCGCUUCCCAUCAGAUAUUCCUAGUUGAUACAAAAACAAAGAAACUAGUACAGCAAUACCCAGGCCAUAUUUCCCCUGUGUCGUUCCUACAAUUAACGGCAGAUGCUUCAGCAUUCCUCAGUGGGUCGCAAGAUGAUAGAUUCUUGAACGUUUACGAAUUGGAAACAGGUAAGACCAAGUCGGUCCUAGCUGCUCAUUCCAAUAUCCAAAAUGUGUCUAUAUCGAAAAGUUGGUCACACGUAUCAGCCAUCACCGAAGAUGGUGACAUUGCUAUCUUUGAAGAACCUUUGGUGACUGUAAACACGGGGAACAAGAGACGUGCAGGAAAAAUCUCGAAACAAUCUAAUAAAUCCAUAACGCUAUUGAGAGCUAACUCAUCAACAAGACUAAAAAUCUUCCAAAGUUAUGUCACUGAGGAUACUGUUAACUUCUCGUGGUUGGAAAACGCUACUAUCCCAUACUUCGAUCAGCUAAGACUAGAAGAUUUGUCUGAGCCAAUCACUACUAUCUCGAAGCCAUUACCUUCUCUAAACUCGCAACAGACUAGAAACAAAGAAAAUAGUGAUAUCUCUUCUGCCAAGAUAUACAAAGAAGGGAACGCGACCGUCACUUCCGGUGAUAACUUCAAGCAUGUGGAAUCGAUUAUUAAGAGUCUUGAUCAGGCCGAAGGUGAAGAUGUGGCAGAGAGUUUACAGGAUAAGUUGAAUAUCAUUUCACCACCUUCUAAAAAACCAAAGGAAAAGAGAAGAGCAAAUGCAGGAACAUCAGCUGUUGUGUUGGGACAAGCCUUGAAAUCAAAUGACCACGCUCUUUUGGAAUCUGUUUUGAACACCCGUGAUGAAAAGAUCAUCCAAGCUACUAUAACUAGACUAUCCCCACAACUUGCAACAGUGCUCUUGGAAAGAUUGGCAGAACGUAUAGCCAGACAAACUCAUAGACAAGGCUCCUUGAACGUUUGGGUUAAAUGGUGUUUAAUCAUCCACGGGGGUUAUUUAGUCACCAUUCCAAAUUUACUAAGUUCAUUAUCUUCACUACAUUCUACUUUGAAGAGACGUGCUGAUCUACUACCAAAACUAAUGGCCCUAGAUGCCAGAAUAUCCCAUUCGUUGGACCAACUAUAUAGCAAAAGGGCCGUACAAUAUGGCAAGAGCCAGGACCAAUUACUAGAAGAGGUCAAUGGCAAUGCCUAUGAGCUUGACGAGGAGGAAGAAGAAGAAGAUGUUGAGUACAUCGAGGAAUUAGAUGACGCCGGAUUGAUAGACGAUGGUGAAGAUGACUCUAUGGACUCCGACGACGAAGAGGACAGUGCUUCUGAAGAACCUGCGUACACGGAAGAAGGUUUCCAAGACGAUGAUGAAAUGAAAAUAGAUGUAGAAGAAGGCUACUCCGACGAAGAAGUCUAA